AUGUCACUGCUACCUCCUCUUGACGCUGGCGAUUGCGAAGCAUCUCGAUGGCGAAUAGUGACAGCCAGAGACUCAAAUGAUAGCUUUGUCUACGCAGUUCGUUCGACACGCAUCUACUGUCGUCCCUCAUGUCCGUCGCGCCUCGCCCGUCGUGCAAAUGUUGAAUUCUACGACGAUGCUAUACGUGCGGAGGCAGCAGGUUACCGACCUUGCAAGAGAUGCAAGCCCCAACUUAAGAGCAAAGACGAUCCUCGACUACGAGCAGUGGAAAGAGCAUGCAAAGAUAUCUCGAAUGCUGUACUAUGCGGGCGGCGACUCAAGUUUCAGCAACUGGCGUCAGAUAUGAAGCUCUCACCGGGUCACCUUCAUCGAUCGUUCAAGAAAAUCACUGGGCUUACUCCAGUACAGUAUACCAAGCUCAUUCAACGGCAGAACGAGGCAAAGUCAUCUUAUGCUGAAGACCAAGCUGAAAAUUCACCGGUAAUUGCUGUGUUUGAAAACAAGGAUGGUAUGUCAUGUGAGUUCGAUUUCAACAAUACAUCGAUGUAUGAACACAUCGACUGGGACUUGAUUGAUUGGAAUGCCUUUGACAACUUGAUGGAAUCGGAUUUUAGUUCCGAAGUUUGCGACACCGUUCAAAAGAGAGCCUGA